AUGGAGUCCCCGAACAGACUGUCCCAUCGCCGCCGCUCUCACUCCGCUUCAUCUCCCAUCCCCCGCCGGCAACCAGACGACGUCAAGUGGCGCAUAUCUGCCAAACGCUCGCGCCCCAGCUCUAUUCGAAGCCCUUCGUACAAGGAUCUCGCGCACGGCCAACCCGCGGAGAAGUGGGACGUAGACCAGUGGCGGAGAGGCAAGCGCGCCCGCAGAGAUUCCAACGCGGCGGCGUCGUCCGAUGAGCCGUUCGGAAUAGGCUCGGACCCCGUCUUUCCCGCCGAGUCGACCACCAGCUUCACGUUCGCCUCGAGCUCGACCGCGCCCCUCGCGAGCACGUCCGCUGCAUUCCAGUUCUUCCCGCAGAAGAAGGCCCGCCGCAGCCGCUUCUCGCGCGAGCCGUCCCCCCGCGAGGUCGGCCGCAUAUCGCCAGACGAGGCACGCCGCAUGCGCGCAGAUGCUCUCGGUGAACUCCACCGCAGCGUCGUGGAAAGCGGCGAGGGCCUCGUCCGCAAGAUGCGCGAUUGGGAGUCCCGGUCCGCGCGUCCUGCGGCUGACACACACCAGCCACGGCGGUCCUGGCGGCGCCUCGCGUCGUAUUAUGGCACACCCCAUGCAGCCGAGGCGGUCUCCGAGCAGCCUGAGGAGGACGAGGACGACAUAUUCGUCGUCGGCGAGACGUCAUCCUUCCCCGCUGCGCACAGCGGCGCGCAGAAGAAACGGUCGCUGUCGAUGGACGUUGACCUUCCAGAGAUAGAAGCGUACUCGUCCCCGUUCGCAGGCCUCGAUAGCUGCGACCGCAGCUCGUCGCCCAUCGCGCCCUCAUCCGGCCCCUCCGCAUAUUCGUCCGAUGACGAGGGUCACGCGGACAUGGAUGUGGAGCUCGCAUCGUCCGCCUCGGGCCCGUUCUCGUCUCCGGCGCUGUCCCAUACGUACUCGACGUCCGCGAACUCCUCGCUCGUCUCGCUUCCGCUAUUCGCGCACACCAGCGAGCGCAGCGCCGAUAUGGGAGCCGCAUUGCCUACCUCGGCCACGAUCACCUCCAGCGAGUUCACUGCUCCCGCGCUGGGAUCACCCCCUAGCACGUGCUCCGAAAAGGCCAUCGCCGCACUGGCACUCGCUAUGGCCAACGGCGCAGUGGGCAUCAGCGACUACGAGGCCCUGCGCGCAGGCGAGGGCCUCACUACCCUCGAGGAGACGCACGCUGGCGAGCUGUGGAGCUGAGCGCGGCGAUUGUGCGUAGGCGCGAGCCUGCACCUCGCUACCAACACCUUGGCAGUUGCGUCAAGUCUGGCCCCCAAACGUUGUAUCUUCCCCCGUCCCCGGCAUCUCCCCAUCCGCGCAGAAGGAGCGCACUCACGACUUCCCCUUGCAUAACAAGUCCGCCCUCGCAAACUCAUCACGACCCGCAUCAUCUUCUCAUCAUCAAAAGUGCUAUAUCCACAACACGCAGACACUGUAUACCUAACAUAACUCUAUCCUCUAUCUUGUGGCCUCUCUUGGUAAACCGUACACCGGCAGAUAUUGGCAUCGGUGCCCGCGCAACCCUCCCGUCCGGACUCGGCGGAUUCCCCGUUCCCGCUCGAACGCUCCCGAUGUUCCGUCCAGUUUCGCCCCGCUUCCGAUGUCCUUUUCGUUUUGGUCCUCUUGGUUGUUAUUUUUGUCUUACACUCUCCAUACGCAAACCGUCUUAAUCACCUGUAUCCCACCCAUGCAUUCUCCACGUACGUACGUCGAACACACUCUCAGCGCGGCGCCGGCCUUAUGAUCGGAUCCGGCGCGCGCGAACAC